CGAGCCCAGGGUUUCCAUCAUCACUUCCCACCAGGCGAAACAGCGACUAGUCCCUUCGCGCUAGAUCCAGCCCAUGGCAGCGGCCGCCGCCGUCGCGUCGCCCGCCGACUGGACGGUCGUGCGCCGGCGCGGACGCCGCCGCCAGGGAGACGCCACGGCGACCGCCUCCCACCCCGAAUCUCCCCGGCCGCUCCCGUUGACCCCGGUCCCCUGGUCGCCCUCCGACCCGUCCCUCGACCCGGCCCGCGUCGCCCGCCUCCUCGCCCGCGCCCGCGCCGCCAUCUCCCGCGUCGAGGCCUCCCGCCUCUACCGCCGCUUCCUCCUCCCGAGCUCCCCGCUCCGCCGCCGGCUCGCCCACCUCGCCCCCGCCCGCCUCUCCCUCCUCGGCGUCGGCAGCUUCGAGUCCUCCCCCGCCGCGCGCCUCCAGCUCGCGCUCGCCGCCCUCCUCCGCCGCGACCUCCUCCCGGGGUCCGCCACGGCCGACCUCUUCGACCCCGUCCUCUCCGCCGUCGAGUGCGCCGCCGCCGCCGCCCUCGGCUUCGCCGUCCCGAGCCUCGACGACGGCGGCCGCUGCCGCGUGGCGGAGCCCACGCUCUUCUACAUGCCCCACUGCGAGGCCUCGCUCUACGACGCGCUCCUCGACGCCAACUGGGCCCAGCUCCGCCGCCUCUGCGUGCUCGGCAACAGCUUCCGGCGCUACGCCCUCCAGGCGGAGGAGAACCGCUCGGGCCCCGCCGCCAAGGCCAAGCUCGUGCUCCAGGCGGAGCAGCUCGCGUGGGAGGAGCGCGUCGACGAGGCCGGGGAUGUGGAUGAGGACGACGGGUUCGCACGUGCGUUCAACCAGACGAGCUGGCAUUUCUUCGACGUGGACGACCAUGUCGACCAGAGGAAGGAGAUAAGUCCCGAAGCUUUGUCUUUCGAGAAAUUGUCACUGUGAUUCUGUGAAUUGUAUUGUACCUGAUUGCACAAGCAUUCAAAGAUUCAGAGCUGAACAUCUUAGCAAAGUUUAACCCUGUAUUUCAGUGAGCUGUAUUACUCGAUUGGAGAUGCAUUCAAAGAUUCAGAGCUGGACAUCUUAACAAAAAUGUAUCACUGUAAUUCAUGAAUUGUAUAACUUGAUUGGAGAUGCAUUCAAAGAUUUAACACUGCAAUUCAGUGAAAUGUAUUACUCGAUUGGGGAUGCGUUCAAAUAUUCAGAGUUGGACAUCUUAACAAAAUGUAUCACUGUAGUAAGUCUAUGAGAUUGGAGUACUUGACUGGAGGUGUAUUCAAAGAUUCAGAGUUGGCAUCUUAACAGAAUUUUGUGUUUGCUUCACCUUGAUUUGCAAUGAGCAAGAAUGGACAUAUGCGGUUUCUUAGUUUCUGAAUUCCUAAGAAUGGCACAAGGCGCAUAUGUCCAUUCUUGUUCAGGGGAUAGUACAUAGUGUUUCUGAAAAUAAACUCUCAGUACAUAGUGUUGCAUGUGUCAUUGUAAGAUGCUCUGGUGUCUCAUGAGGUUGUUUUGUUUAGUUUUCUGCUGUGAGAAUUGGUACUUUGCUAUAAUUUGUAUGCCCCUUUAUUACUCUUAGAUCAUUUACAGUCCUGGUUCAUUCAGUCUAAUCGAUUUGGUCCAAAGCUGGGAAUUUCCCAAUUUCACUAUGUCCUGGUGGAUGUGCCUUCAUAGAAAAUGCACAAAAGUUAGUCUGGAUCUGUAGCACUCUUGGCUACUCUUGCAUGAAACUUACUCUUGAUCUGUGGCAAUGCACACCGGGUUCAAUUUGCUGGUACCUGAAUUUAGUAUAUCUCAUUAUAUGCAUAAUGUGAAGUUGUCCAUAUGAAGUACAAAUAUUUGUUUGUUAGCCUCUUCAGUUUUCUUGAUAUAGGGAUGAUAACCGAGGUGGCAAUGGCAUAGGUAAUUCUCCUUGUUUUUUCUUCUGGAUGUCGCUCUAUUAAUUCUAUCCUUCUUUAAUAUGGCAUGUCAAGUUUGAUGUGACUUGCGUAUGGUUUAACAGCGGAUGAGCUCCCAGGGCGGCAGCGCAAACUCGCUCAGCUCCAAGAAUGUUUCGUCCUGAUGGACUGCAUGCUUCCACUUUGUUCGUUGUUUUGGCGGCACAAGAUGAUAUUUGCUUUAGAUGAGUGGGCGGUACUAACUUGGGUAGUAAAAGAUGGAUGUUUUUUGUUGAUGGGGCAGGGCAGCUCCGGAGCUCCCGGAUACAUUCUCCAUGCAUCACGAGUCAGUUUCAGAAAUGGCAACUGAACAAGCAACCUGGAUAUUUGCUACUAGCUGCAGUCAUGCUGAAUGCGAUAUCAAAUGCUGAAUGCGGGAUUAGUUUCAGAACCCCCUAUUGUUUUCUUUUCCUGACUCUAAACCUGUGAGGUUGAAUUUCUAAGUAUUUCAGGCCAUGCCAACUCAUUCUCAUACUAAUAUUCCUUCUUUAUUUGACAUACAAGGUGCCUCCCAUGCACGGAUCCACCGUCUCCCUAUUCUACUUUUUCUAAGUUAUGUCAGUUUUUUUCUCUAUCCAUUCAUACUAGAUGUAAAACUUGUAAAAUCCAAACUAGAAGUUUAAUUUGAAAACCGUUUGAA